AUGGCAGACCAAGCAACCGCAGUAGACGCCAAUCUGCCACAAGUAACAUUCAAAAAGCGUUCUUCCAAAGCGAAAUCCAAUUUCCGCAAAAGACCAGCCACUCCACCACCUGCCUCUACUGCUGGUGCCGACUCUGACUCCGAUUUCACCUCCUCAGACGACGAAGAAGGCCGAAGAAUAAAACGACUACGCAAAACAGCGGCUGUCACGGCAUCAUCGGCAGCGAACAAACCACAUUCCAGACUUGAUGAGGAUGCACCCGAAUACGCCACGGCAGCGCCCUUGGUGAAAUCGAAUGAUGCCACCAAACAGACGAACUGGUAUGAUGAGGCGCAAGAGAACGGCGGUGAUGAGUUGAGCGCGAAGGGUCUUCUCGGAAAUACACGCGCAAAACCGGGGACUGUUACUGCCCCAUCGAUAGAUGGGACGUACAAAGGUGCUACGAACUAUCAGUCGUUUAUACAGAAAAAUCCCGAUAGCGCAGGAAAACAGUUUGGGCCUAUGAAAGCAGCCACAAAUAUUCGCACAGUCACGUUUACCGAUAUGGCGCCGGAUGUGUGCAAGGAUUACAAGAAAACGGGGUAUUGCGGAUUCGGCGAUUCGUGUAAAUUCGCUCAUAUGCGAGAAGAUUAUAAGCAUGGUUGGCAACUUGACAAGGACUGGGAGAUUGAAACAAAGGGCAAGAAAGUCGCUGGGCGCACGGUAGCCUCUCUGGAAAAGCGUGGUCAACAAGCUGGCGGAGCAGAUGAUGAGGAUGAGGAUGAAGAAAUGCUAGAAAAAAUCCCGUUUGCGUGCAUUAUUUGCAAGGAAUCAUACAAGAAUCCGAUUGUGACCAAGUGUGGACAUUACUUUUGCGAGUCGAAGAAUCCUUCGUGUGCUGCUUGCGGUGCGGGGACUGGAGGUGUUUUUAACACUGCGAAGAAAUUGAAUCGAUUGCUGGAAAAGAAACGUGAAAGAGUUAAUAGGAAGCGAGAACAGGCUAUUGGCAAUGGAGAGGAACUUGAGGAUGAACAGGACGCUGCGGCUUGA